CUCCGCUGGUGGCUGUUGACCACGUUGUGGUGGAACUGGCAUGGAGACUCCGCCCGCUGAAGACGAGUCAGACGACAUCGCACCUUGCACCCGCACGCCCAUCGCAUCGUAUCGCUAUCGACACACUAGCGCAGCGCUGGGCCAUCACGAAAAACUGCUGUGACCUCUGUACACCACCACAUCAACAAAGCAGCCGUCAUCACGGUCACCACGCCUCUCAACCAUGCCCGCAAGGCGACUGCCCGCCACGCCUAUCAACCAUAGCUUAUGCAGGCGCUGUCAGCUGAUCGAGCCCGCCAUCGACGUUCGCACCGAGCCGCUGUGCGAGCACUGCUUCACCAAAUAUGUACACUCCAAAGUGGUGAAGCGUAUGGACAGCUUCAGAGUCCGCCAUGCUGGACCCGCGCACCACCGAAAGUUGCUCCUACCGCUCUCCUUUGACGCCUGUUCCCUAGCUCUCCUACACAUCCUCAGCCAGCACCAACGGGGACAAGCAGAAAAGACUGGUCGGAAAGGCUACAAACUUUAUAUCUUGCAUAUCGACAACGGCUCAGCAGUCACAACUGACGAUGGAAGCUCCCUCGCGAAGGUGAAGUCACGUUAUCCUGAGCAUGAGUAUCAGACCAUGCCCAUGUCCAACCUCUUUUCAUUGGACGACAUGUCAGGCCUGUUCCCUGAGAGUGUCACGAGUGACCAGGGUAAUCAGCUUGACGAUAAUGAACGCUUAUCAGCCUUGCUUGCAGCGUCCAAGUCGGCCACUACAAGGCAGGAUUUAUCACUGAUCUUGACCCGCCGCCUUGCUGUACGACAGGCAAAGAAUACCGGCUGUGAGGCCAUCAUCUGGACCGACAGUACGACCAGACUCGCGGAAAGGAUUCUCGCCGAGACCGCAAAAGGGCGAGGUCUCUCUCUACCAUGGGUAGUUGCGGACGGAGAGUCGCCACAAGGAAUUCCCUUCUACUUUCCAUUGCGCGAGCUGCUCACGAAGGAAGCUCACGCUUACCUGUCCUUCCUUGACCCGGCCAUGGAUGCAGAUAUGGUUCGAAGCGAGGCGCGAGCUCCCGUGAGCACGAAGAAUACCACCAUCGAUGAUCUGAUGCAGCAGUAUUUCCACACCGUGGAACAACAGUACCCUUCAAUUGUAGCAAAUGUCGUAAGGACUACCAACAAACUGAAAGCGCCGUCGAUCCGCCAAAUCGAGCAGCUUUGUGAGCUCUGCAGCAUGCCCUUGGAAGGAAAGGCUCCUGCAAAGAGCAGACUAUGCUAUGGCUGCAUUCGAACAUUACCAACAGCAGGCGAUUGA